AUGGAAUUGAUCCCGCGGUGUUGGCGUCCAUCAUGUUUCCCAAACGUCCAAUCCCGCGCCCACAACUUCUGCAGUCGCGUCAAACUCGGACGGUUCCUCUCCUCCAGCCACCCUCCUCUAUCCAAUGCCACGGCUGACUUCGAGCGACCUGGCCCGGAGCCUCUUUCUCGUCAUGUGCUGCCGACAAACGUUCCUCUAAAGGCUCUGAGCCAGCCCUCAAUAACUCCGAACCCUCGGGCGGAGCAGGGAUAUCUCAGUCCCAUUCGCCUUCCCGUAUCCUGUCCUGGUUGUGGCGCGCUCACGCAAGAUGUCGAGCCUGGACAGGCGGGUUUCUAUACACUGUCAAGGAAAGCGGUGGUUAAAUACCUUAGAAACAUCGAGGGCUCGAAUCGGCUGCACGAUGAAGGACACAUUGAUACAGACGAGGCACCGGUCCAAGCUUCACUUAGCUCACAAGAGGAUGAAAGUCAACAGAACGAGCACGGUAUAGUCCAGCCUGAACUUCACAUCACACCUCCUAUCUGCGAUAGAUGUCAUUAUUUGAUCCAUGACUCUCGUGGUGCUCCUAUUGCGCAUCCAUCCGUUGAAGCAGUUGCAGACUCGAUCGCGGAAUCUCCUUUCGCCAGGAAUCAUGUCUACCACGUCCUUGAUGCUGCAGAUUUCCCCAUGUCCCUCAUUCCUGCAGUCUACAAGAAUCUGUCUUUGGCCAAACCUCGAACUCAGAAUCGUAGGUCGCAGCAUUCGUUUUCAUCCCGGCCCUCUGUAUCCUUUAUCAUCACCAGGUCCGAUCUGCUCGCUCCAACCAAGGAGAUGGUAGACAGCAUGAUGCCCAAAUUCAUCGCCAUCCUGAGGACUGCCUUGGGUCGCAUGGGACAAAAGCUCAGGCUGGGUAACGUGCAUCUGGUCUCAUCGAAGCGAGGAUGGUGGACGAAGGACAUCAAGGAAAGCAUUUGGCACAGGGGUGGCGGUAAUUGGCUCGUUGGAAAGUUCAACGUGGGAAAGUCAAAUCUCUUUGAGGUCCUUUUCCCUAAAGGCUCGUUCGGUAGAGCGCCCGUAUCCGCAGAAAUUCAACGGCAGCAGGAGGUCGAGUCUACGCAUAAGUCUACCGAGACCACGUUCUUCUCGGAGAAAAAUCUGUUGCCUCCUCCUCAGCCCGAAGUUCCUUUCCCGGCCAUGCCUUUGGUGUCAAGUCUGCCAGGGACAACGGCAUCCCCAAUCCGACUUCCCUUUGGCAAGCAUAAGGGAGAGUUGAUUGAUAUGCCAGGCCUAGAGCGCGGAGGUCUUGAACAAUACGUCAAAUCCGAGGAGAAGGCUGACCUCGUCAUGACACACCGUCCGACGGUCGCUCAGCACGUUAUCAAGCCUGGUCAGUCUCUACUCUUGGGAGGCGGACUGGUCCGUAUUACACCGCUCCUCGAUGAGUCCGACCCGAGUACCACCAUGCUGGCGUAUCCCUUUGUCCCGCUCAAAGCUCAUGUCACGUCUACGGAGAAGGCAUCGGGCACCCAAAAGCAAGAGCGCGAAAGCGGCGUGGAGUCGAUUCUUGCGGAAGGGGCAGGAGUUUCCAUGUCUUCAGCCGGUCGAUUCAAAUUACGGACCGAUGUCACAAAGUCUAGGGCUGGUUCUAUGAUCAGGGCCGGUGUCGACAUGGAGAAAUUGCCAUUCCACGUCUACGCGACAGAUAUUCUCAUUGAAGGCGUCGGAUGGGUGGAACUGGUCUGUCAGAUCAGGAAAAGCAAACGCGUACGUCAGCCCGAGUCGCCCGCCGAAGACUCUUUCGGAUCAGACGCCACUGGAUCGGGGGUGCCCACAGCUCAAGGUCUGUCGAUUGGCACAAGCACCUUUACUCCUUUCAUGUCAGUUCAGAACGGUGAAGGCUCGGAGCCAUCUUCAAGCUUCCCUGAAGCCGAGGUCUUCACUCCAAAUGGCAGAUUCAUCGGGCAAAGAACAUGCCUCGAUGUGUGGCAAAUGUGGAAUACAGGAAAACCGCAGACGAAGAGAGCUGCGCGUCCUCGUAAGCCGAUGAGCGGCGCAAAGAAACGAGAGAAGAUCCGCCGCAAGGCUGCACUGACCAGAGUCUGA